GCGUGGUGGCUGUGCGGCGGCGGAGCGGGAACCGGAGGGCACUCACACAUUGUCAAGAGAAAAUGACUGCAUCAGGUCUUGCGGUAAGAGUAGAAACUUGGCUUGCAUCUGCGUGGCAUGUGAAGGUUCCAGCACCAUGGCUAGAAGCUUGUAUUAACUGGAUUCAACAAGAAAAUGGUGGAAGCAAUUUGGCUCAGGCUUCUAUUAACAAACAAGUUUUUGAGCAAUGGCUUCUCACAGAUCUCAGAGAUCUUGAAUGCCCUGUUCUGCCUGACUGCAUUUUAAAUGAUUCAAAAGGAGAAUUGAAUGGCUUUUAUUCCAUACAGAUUGAUUCACUUGUUGAUGUGAGUCAGCCUGCCUAUUCCCAAUUGCAAAAGAUAAGAGGGAAGAAUACUGUAAAUGAGGAAAUAACUGCUAACACACAAGGAACCGGGAAGUCCUGGGAGGCAAAGCCUACUCGAAUGUUGAUGCUUCAAUUGACCGAUGGUAUACAUCACAUUCAAGGUAUGGAAUACCACCCUGUUCCUGUACUCCAUAGCAGUCUCCCUCCAGGUACAAAAGUUAUGAUACAAGGGAAAGUUGCUUAUCGUUUAGGUGUUCUUUUGCUCAAGCCAGAAAAUGUGAGACUAUUGGGAGGUGAAGUGGAUAGUCUUGUAGAGGACUUCAUUGCGGAACGAGUUCUUGCUAGGCUAAUUGGAGAAGAAGUUGUCCCACCUAAUGCUGUGAGAUCAAAUAAUGGUGAAUAUGGGAUUUCAAGAUCUGAUGAAAUAGGCCAAGUCCUAGGUCCUUCUGAUGAAGAGCUUCUGGCAAGUCUUGGGGGAAAUGAUGAAUUAAUGAUAAAUGAAGGCCAUCUUGAAAGUGGAUAUUGUAGUAGAAGUACCAGCUUAAAUUCUACCACACAUUCCCUUUCUUCCAACAAUGGAAGCUGCUUGCAGCAAGGCCCUACAGUAGUCAUAGCAGAAAAUGAAGUACAAAGUGUUCCAGUUUUGGAAAACAUGGAAGAAGCUUUUGAUGACUUUCCAUUGGAUGAUGAUUUACUUUUAGAAGAUGAGAUUCAGCAAGAAGAGAUGUAUGUUCUGAACAGAAGUACUAGCAUGCAUAACCAGCCUAUUGGACAAAAGAAAUCUGGUGAAAGAGAGAUGUAUAAUACAUUUGAAGAAAGCACAAGUGGUUUUUCUAUAAAACAUAGUGUGCAGCACACCCAGAAUUUCGAUAAUUAUUUGGGAAAUAAGCUUGUACAAGAGAGAGGUAGUAAUGAAAAGUCCUUCAGUAUUUCUAACAAUAGAUUAACAGACAUUAAGGCAGAACAAUGUCCUGACAAUAUACAGGCCUGCAAAAUAAUGAAUAAGUGCCACGAAGUUGGUCUGGAUACCUCUCCUUUUACAUAUUUAUCAGUUUUAUUAAGUAACAAGCCCAUAGGUAUUAUCACUGUGAAAGUUAAAGCAUUUAUAGUAACUCUUACAGGAAAUCUCAUAAGCAGUGGUGGCUUCUGGAGUGUAAAAGCAAAAAUAUCUGAUGGCACAGCUUAUCUAGAAGUUGAUUUUGCUGAUGAGAUUCUAACAAGUAUGAUUGGGUUUUCAGUACCUGAAAUGAAACAACUAAAGAAAGAUCCGAUCCAGUGCCCAAAGCUUAAGGAGGGUUUACAGAAUUGCCAAAGAGAACUAAUAGACCUCUGUUGCUUGAUGACCAUUGAAUUUAAUCCCACCCAGACAAAAGCAAUAGUAAAUGUUUUGCAAGACAUUAAUACAAAUGAUUUGAAUGAUUUAAGAAGACGCUUAUGUAUGUAAUAUUUAAGUGACCAUUUUGAUUGUAAUCCCUGGGAAAUUGGUAUAGCAAAAUAGGUGUUUAGUUAUGACAGUGUUUUUGCUACUGUUUCAAUUCAGAAAAAGUCAGUGGGAGAAUAUGGGGAAAUAUCUUAAUACUGGAACAUACUGUCUUUAGUUCGGCUUUCCUUGCCCAGUUUACUUGUCUGUUUUAGCAAAGGGUUAUGUGUAUAUAUUAAAUACUUCUUCAAAAUAUCAGGAAAACAAGGUUUUGUAGAGGGGAAUCGUAAGGAGCUCACUCUGAAGACUUCAUCCUUUGUAGAAUUAUUGAAAGUUAGGUGAUACAUAAACCGUUGGAAUACUAUCUAAUUGUGAUAUAUUUUCUGUUAAUUUUAAGGCAUUUGCUCAUCAUGGCAUUUG